AUGUCAAUAACUAUUCCAUCAGAGCUUAAUAUAGAUGGUUCCACAUAUUAUCAAAUCAACGUCAAACUACCGCUACGGUCUUACACUUUAAAAAAAAGGUACUCUGAUUUUGAAGGUUUAGUCAAUAAUUUAUGUCAUAAUAUAGGUAUCAACACUAAAGAUUUCCCAUAUCAAUUACCAGGUAAAAGAAUCAACUGGUUAAACAAACACAAUGUUAUAGAAGAAAGAAAAAAAGAAUUAAGUCAUUUUCUUAACCAAAUCAUACAAGAUAAAUCAUUACAAAAUGAAUCUGAAGUACUUCAUUUUUUACAAUUACCAAAAAGUUUUAAAUUUCAAGAUAGAGCUAAGAUUGAAAAUAAUGAUAAUUGGUAUGAAACUUACCGAAAUCUAAAAAAUGAUUUAGCUGGGGAAAAUAAUGAAAAUAUCCUUAGAUUAAAAGAAAGAAUUACAAGAAAUUAUUAUCCCGUUAUGAGUGAUUUAAUAAAUUCAAGUAAAGUUGCCAAUAUAGAAGAAUCAGCUAAAAGAACAAAUAUGAUCAAUCAACUACAAAAUAAAAUCAAUGAACUACUACUAAAUCAACCAAAACAGAAGCAAAAUGUUUCAAGAAUACUAGGAAAAGAAACUGAAGAAACACUUCCCUUAAAUAAUCAAGAAUUAUUACAACAUCAAAUUCAAACUCAUCAAACUCAAGAUAAAGAAUUAGAGCAACUUAGAAUAAUGAUUGCAAGACAAAAACAAAUUGGAGAAUCCAUUAAUCAAGAAGUUGAGGAACAAAAUUAUUUGUUAGAUAAAUUUAAUGGAGAAGUUGAAGAAGCAACUGAUAAAAUUAAACAAGCAAGAAGAAGAGCCAGAAAAAUUAUAUAA